GCAGCCGUGCCCAACAUUUGCUCUUCGCAGACAGAGAGAUAGCUGACGGCCACACAACACACACCUCGCAUAAAAUCCCAUAAAAUCUCUCCCUCUCACGACGCGAUCCACCCGCGCGUCGGCCCGCUCGAGCCCAAUUACGGCCCGAGACGCGAGCCCGUAGCCGCCAAGAAGAAGAAAAACUUCACCUCGGGCGGCCGCCGCCGCCGCCGCCGCCGCCCUUGAUGCGCCUCUGCUCCAAGCUCGCGGCGCUGCUCCGGAGGUCCCGCCAGUUCGCGCCCGCAGCCGCCGCCGCGUCCGGGUCAGCGACGGCCGCGGCCGCGUCGGCGAACGGGAUGGAGGAGGCGGCCGCGGGCCCGCUGCGGGCGCGCGUGUGCAUCAUCGGGAGCGGGCCGGCGGCGCACACGGCGGCGGUCUACGCGGCGCGCGCCGAGCUCAAGCCCGUGCUCUUCGAGGGCUUCCUCGCCAACGACAUCGCCGCGGGGGGGCAGCUCACCACCACCACCGACGUCGAGAACUUCCCGGGCUUCCCCGACGGCAUCCUCGGCGCCGACCUCAUGGACCGCUGCCGCGCCCAGUCCGUGCGCUUCGGGACCAGGAUCCUCACCGAGACCGUCACCGCCGUCGACCUCUCGUCCCGCCCCUUCCGCGUCGCCUCCGGCGACACCGUCGUGCACGCCGACGCGGUCGUCGUGGCCACGGGCGCCGUCGCGCGCCGCCUCCAUUUCGCCGGCUCCGACGCAUUCUGGAACCGCGGCAUCUCCGCCUGCGCCGUCUGCGACGGCGCCGCGCCCAUCUUCCGGAACAAGCCCAUUGCCGUCGUCGGCGGCGGGGACUCCGCCAUGGAGGAGGCCAACUUCCUCACCAAGUACGGCUCCCGCGUCUACAUCAUCCACCGCCGCAACGCCUUCCGCGCGUCCAAGAUCAUGCAGGCCCGGGCCCUCUCCAACCCCAAGAUCCAGGUCGUCUGGGACUCCGAGGUCGUCGAGGCGUACGGCGGCGCCGACGGCGGUCCGUUGGCCGGCGUCAAGGUCAAGAACGUGGUGAGCGGCGAGGUCUCCGACCUCCAGGUCGCCGGGCUCUUCUUCGCCAUUGGACACGAGCCGGCGACAAAGUUUCUCGGCGGGCAGCUCGAGCUGGACUCCGAUGGCUAUGUCGUGACCAAGCCCGGCUCCACUCACACCAGCGUCAAGGGAGUCUUCGCCGCCGGUGAUGUUCAGGACAAGAAGUAUCGCCAGGCCAUUACUGCCGCGGGAUCAGGUUGCAUGGCGGCGUUGGAUGCGGAGCACUACCUACAGGAGAUUGGAGCACAGGAAGACAAGACUGAUUGACUAUAUCUGGGACAAGCAGGUCGCAGUUCUUCAGCUACUUCAUCGUCGGUAGCAAGAGCUGCACUCUAAGGCACAAAGUUGUUAAUUGUGGUUGCUCAACCAAAGAAAAACAGAUUGGUAUUUGUCUGUAGGCCUCAGAUUCAUGAUACGUUGUUAGAAAAAUGAUUCAUGUGAGCACUCAGAAACUUGUGUUACAAUUUCAUCAAAUUAUGCACACUUCAUGGAAAUCUACAAAAUCGUGAAUCCAGAAAGGAAGCAUUCAUGUUA